UUAGUAGAGGAGGGAGGGGAGCCAUGACUGACUGUACUUUCUGUCUGCUGUGUUUUCAGCUUCACUCGGAGACAAAAUGGCUUCCAGAUCAGAGGAGGAUCUCCGCUGUCCGGUCUGUCAGGACGUCCUUAGAGAUCCUGUUGUUCUGUCAUGUAGCCACAGCUUCUGUAAAGACUGUCUGAAGAGCUGGUGGAGACAGAAACAAACACGUGAGUGUCCAGUUUGUAAGAGAAGAUCUUCAAGGGAAGAACCACCUUGUAACCUGGUGUUAAAGAACCUGUGUGAGUCCUUCUUACAGGACAGAGAUCAGAGAGCUUCAGAGGCUCUCUGCAGUCUGCACUCUGAGAAACUCAAACUCUUCUGUCUGGACCAUCAGCAGCCAGUGUGUCUCGUCUGCAGAGAUUCAGAAAAACACACCAACCACAGAUUCAGACCCGUCGAUGAAGCUGCACGACAACACAAGAAGAAACUUGAGGAAACUCUGAAGCCUUUAAAGAAGAAGUUAAAGGUUUGUGAAGAAGUUAAAGUGAAGUUUGAUGAAACAGCAGAACACAUUAAGGUCCAGGCCCGACACACAGAGAGGCAGAUUAAGGAGCAGUUUAGGAAGCUUCACCAGUUUCUAGAAGAGGAAGAGGAGGCCAGGAUGGCUGGUCUGAGGGAGGAAGAGGAGCAGAAGAGUCAGAUGAUGAAGGAGAAGAUGGAGGCUCUGAGCAGAGAGAUAGCAGCUCUUUCACACACAGUCAGAGCCACAGAGGAGGAGCUGAGAGCUGAAGACGUCUCAUUCCUGCACAACUACAAGGCUGCAGUGGAAAGAGUCCAGCGCUGCCCCCUGCUGGAUGAUCCACAGCUGCUCUCAGGAGCUCUGAUAGACCAGGCCAAACACCUGGGCAACCUGACCUUCAACAUCUGGAACAACAUGAAGGAGAUGGUCUCCUACACUCCUGUCAUUCUGGAUCCAAACACUGCUGGUCCAUUUCUCAUCCUGUCUGAUGAUCUGACCAGUGUGAGAUAUGAAGAGAGACAGCAGCUUCCUGAUAAUCCAGAGAGGUUUGACUCAUACUUCUCCUCUGUCCUGGGCUCUGAGGGCUUUAACUCAGGGACUCACAGCUGGGAUGUCGAGGUUGGAGACAGUACAUACUGGACACUGGGUGUGUUAUCAGAGUCUGUCCAGAGGAAGGGAAUCAUACGGUCUGGAUUAUGGAUGACAGGGCUCUAUGAAGGUAAAUACUCAGCAUGUUCACCACCAGCUCCUCCCACUGAUCUCCGAGUGAAGAAUAAGUUCCAGAGGAUCAGAGUGAAUCUGGACUGGAACAGAGGAAAUCUGUCGUUCUCUGAUCCUGAUACUAACACACACAUACACACCUUCACACACACUUUCACUGACACACUGUUUCCAUUCAUUGACACUGGGAAUAAACUCCCACUGAAGAAUUCCCCACUGAAGGUCUCUGUGACAGUGGAACAGAGCAGUUAGAGACGAUGAUGAUGAUGAUGAUGAUGAUGAUGAUGAUGAUGGUUCUUAUAAUUACUGUCAUUUAUUUCUUAAAGGGAAAAGUUGCUGAAUUUAACCUCUGAAGCUUCUGUCCUGCUGCUGUCUCAUUAUUCCAAAAUAUGUUCAUGUUGUUUUAGUUGUUUUUGUCAAAUAUAAAAUGAUUUGACUUAUUUUCUGAUCUUUAUAUUUGGUCUCUUCAGCUUUU